AGCGGCCAUCAUGAGCAACUGCGAUUGCUUGAUUCGGUUGCAACGCGAGCCUGAAAUGUUGAAACGUCAUCAGAGCAAGCAAGCCUUUGUAAAGUAAAUCAAUCCAUCGAGAUUACGGCGAUUACGUGAAAGUCAAAAUUUGGCAAGCUCCCGAAAGCGGGCAUCGCCUCUAAGUGUGGACUGCUUCACAUUCGGACCAAUUUGGCAAAGAAAUCCGGCGUGUGGGCCGUAUUGUCGUUGGCCCGCCGCGCGUUCUGCCAUUUCACACCCUUUCCGGACUCGUUUGUCGCCGAUUGCGCGUACUUUUCGGCGCCAAUCGGCGUCGGCGACCACCUUUGCACCCCCUCUUAUGACCCCGCGACGCCUCAAAGGCGGAUCGCGCGAAUGAGAAGCAUAAAUUUUUAAUUGUUUCUCGCACUCUGAAAUCUUAUCGACGUUCAACAUGGCGCUCGAAAGUGUCGAAAGCAAUUAUGUCCACGCCGACGACGGACUUAUAAAUGCAGGAAAGAAUGACAGUGAAGCGGAGGAGGACCUGGAAGAUGGUGAAAUUGCAGACGAUGACGAGGUGGAAGAAGGUGCCAUUGAGGAGGAGGCAGGGUCGGCUCAACCCCCUGCGGAUAGCCGGAAAGUAAAAUUGAGAAGAGAAAACCCUAAAGAGACGAGUGUUAACAAUAAUGUUGCACAGAGCCCUGCGAACAAAAGGUCUCAAGAGUUUGAUCGAAGGUCGCCGCCUGUGGCUGGAAGGCACGAACACCACAAAGCCGGCAAGAGGAAAAGACGCGCAGAAAAGACUCAGCAGCGGAACAAGAAAAAACGGCAGCAUGAAAAUUCAAGCGAUCACCACAACAGGUUUCCGCAAGGACCCUCGGACAGGAAACAUUCCAGAGAUGCGGACGAUGAGGGCUUUGUCAGAGACGGGUUUGCUUCUGACGAUGAAGGCGCGCACUCUAGGAAAAGGAAACGAAUGGACUUUGCGGAAAGGAGAAAUAACCGUCGGGCCAGCCCUGAGAAAAGGGACAAACCGCACCAGCGUGUUAGACACAUACCUGAGCACAGGAAAAAGCCGUGCAUGUUUUACUUGCAGGGCAAAUGUCACAAGGGUGAUAUGUGUACAUAUCUGCAUACGGGCACGCCAGACCACAAAAAUGAGCUGUGCAAAUUCUACCUUAUGGACUGCUGCGCCAAGAAAGAAAAAUGUCUCUACAUGCAUUCAGAGUUCCCCUGCAAGUUUUUCCACACAGGCAUGAAAUGCUACUCAAAGGAAAACUGCAAAUUCAGCCAUGAUCCCUUGACAGACAGGACAAGGGAGAUUUUACUAAAGCACAUAGAAACGGCGCCGAAAGAAAUUUUAGGCGAGUUUCCGCAGCUACCGCGAAAUGAAGUAGGUGAAGUAAUCCUUCCCACGGCGAUUCCGCCUGCCAAUAUGGACGGCAGCAUCCCCUCCUUGUUAGACAUCAGAAUCUACAGCGUGGACAAGAACAAAGCUCAAGAUCCACAAGCAAGUUCAAGUAGUCAGAACGCGACGGCUGACGCUGACUUUGACGCGCAGCUGCGCCAGCGGCAGGAAGACCAGCGGGUAGAUCGAGAAGAGCAACAGCAGGAGGCGCCAGUCUUCAACUUUUAUCGUGACCUCAGCGAGCAGGGCAGCGAGAAGAAAAGAAAUAUAUCGCCGCGAAAAUCGAUCAGGGACGACUCGGAUGACGAGAAUGGCCUCGUCAUCAUGGACGACAGGGAAGAUGACAGCAGUCACAGAGAAUCAGGAGGAGAGGAUGUGGUAGUGCCAUCCAAUCUGCCAAAGAGACAAAGAGAGCUGUUUUUAAGAAUCCAACACCAGCAACAGCAAAGAGACGCUGAGGCUGCAGCCAACACAGACGAUGAGGAGCAGAAAAAGAGCGACGACGAGGAUCACGAGAGUGGUGCGCGCGCAGAAGAAACAUGGUAUUCCAGUGACGACGAGGAAGAGGAAAGAAGCCUGACUGAAGUUUUGAAAAAUUUGGACAAGGUGACAGACCGGCCUGUCGACUCAAAACCUAACGCUAAGACUGCUAUGCCGUCGUCCUUUGACUUGUCAGGCAUCAAACUGAACGAAGACCUAACAAAACUUUUAAAUACUAUUAAACCUAAAGAGACUGUGGUGAACAGCAUGGAUAGUGAUAUGGAUUCUCGGAAUAUGAACUCAUUCUACCGAGAAACAAUGGACCCCAGGGCGAGAGACCCCAGGUCGCGACCGGAGCCUCCAAGGGUACAGCAGCAGCAGCCGCAGCCGUCGUUCAGCAAAGACGUGGACCUGAGAGUGGCGCCGACGCAAAAAGUGGACACGGACCUGCGGCAGACACUUUUUGGGGACACGGACCUACGCAUUGGCCCGAUGGAAAUAGCGUUCAAGCCGCCGCCGCUGCACCUGCCAUGCGAAGAGAUCGACUGCUCGAUCGACCUUAACCCAGCCAUUGAGUUCAAGCUGAAGCCGUUUCCGGUUGAGAAACCUGACUACUCGGGGCUGAGGCUGAAUCCGCGCGACCCCGCCGUGAGACAAGACCCUCGCCUGCAGAAACUUCUCUCCGAAUUGGACCUGAACUCUGCCUCCCCGAUGUCUCCUCCAGGACCAUCCCAGAACGACCCCCGGCAGCGGGCAGCCGACCCCAGAAUGGCUCGGGCGCCACCGCAGCCCACCAUCAUUCCCACGCAGCCUCAGCAGCAGCAGCAGCAGCCCCCGAUGAUGGACAUGGCCCAGAUAAUGAUGUUGCAGCAGCAGCAGCAGCAGCAGCAGAUGCCGAUGGGCCAGGAGGGCAUGCUGGGCCCCAUGGCGCCCCACAUGAUGCAGCAGAUGAUGGCGUCGAGUUUCAUGCCCAACAUGCAGAUGCAGCAACACAACAAUUAUCAGCCGCAACCACAGAACCAGCCAAGGAGCAGGGGUGGCCGCAGUUGGAACAGGGGCCGGGGGCGGGGCAGAGGCGGUGGAUUCCGAAACAACCGAGGCUGGGGCAACUUUGACAGGGACCGUAGGGACGGUAGGGACAGUAGAAUGUCUCCACCCGACCGCACUCCUGAGUAUUCUAAUGACUCGGAUUAAGCUCCAACCCUUUUGUGUAGUUGUUUUAUUCUUCCACGUGAGAUAAAAAACAUUGGCUAGCUAUGAUUAUUUAUAGAUUGUUAUAUUGUUGCCUAUUUAUUUGUGAAUAUGGAACAACAACUAAAAUAAGUUAUGUUCAUAAUUGAUAACGUAAUAAUUUAAAUGACACCCCAAACAAUCGCGUAUUAAUAAGUUGUUCUACAUGCAAGUCUAAUCGUAUGGAUAAACUAAAUAAAAAAUGCCAUGAAAAUCAGA